UUGCAGAAAUUGCCCUCCUAUAAAGAAGGCAACCGAAACCAAUGUCGGCCAGUAAGACGCUCAGAAAAAGCCGCAAUGGCAGCAGCAACAGUAUUUGCGUUCAUCGCAUUUUUCUCGAUGCCAUUCGUGUUUGGAAAGCUUGGACCGCCUGGUGGUCCACAACACUUGCACCAUGACGCCAUAGACGCUUUCAAGAUAAUAGAAAACUUUCAGUUCACCGUGGCCAUAACAGACUCGGAUAAUGACACUAUAUUCGAAUGUGUCGCGGGAAACCGCACGGAGAUUGAUCCAGAAGCUAAGACAGCAACUUUUGUCUGGCUCUUUCAAGAAACUGAAAACUCUCCAAGGGAGGACAUUCCUUUCUACGUCAAGGUGGCAGACGAACCGGAGACUAUCACGUUCACCGUGGAUGACGAUCCGACAAUCCGAGAGGGCAGAUACUACUACACAGACUACGAAACAUGCGUCGUACUAGACAUGGAAUACCACGGACAUCAGUGCAUCUUGUGGACGAAAUUGAAAGUGAAAGACGCAGUUCCGCAACAUUGCAUUGAUCACUUCGUGGAUGCUUGUGGCGUCAUCGUUCCUCAACAUAGCCGAGACCUGUGCCCGGAUGGUGAAGGCGACUACUAAUUAGUACUCGUCGCGUACUGUUUAUAUCCUCUGAAUGCACUACUGGUCACCUUCGACCCGUAACAGGCAAAAAUAAAGACGACAAUAAAUAAGUAAAGAGACGA